UCCGUCGAUUGUGUCAUGAAACUCGGUCCACUUCCUCCUGGAAACCGCCUCUCUCCGGUCUUUGGUUCCCACCCAAACAAACAAAGCUCAGCUGGUGAUUUUUUUUUCCUCACAGAGACGACACUCAGCUUCGUGUCCGCCCCAGCGGCGGUAACCUGGACCUGUUUUCAGAGGACUGAAUUUCUUAUAACCAGAAACCAUGACCAGUUGGCUCCCGUGUGUUCCGGUAACACGUUCAGCUGACUGAAGGCUUGUUUAUAAUUUCACUCAUUGCGCAACAGUGGCAAUAACGUUAAACGAGCUAACCGCCAGCGCUACCAGUACUAACACCACCCGGCUCUGCGAGGCUGGGAGCAGAGAUGAAGAGCGAGCCGACGGCUGCUGUGUCCACUUUAAAGCGGAUUUGAUAGAUGGGGUUCAGCCUUGGUUUUGGUUCCUGCUAGGAGGAGAUCGGAUGCUACGAGAGAUUUGUUGAGUCAAGCUAGCCACCCGCUGCCUGCUUAUAAAUCGACUUCCCUCUGCUCUCCCUUGUUUGCUGUGCCGUGGUCUCUCCUCUGGCUUUUCCAGACGCCGUCGUUAUGACCGCGAUGCGUGUGGACGUCAAAGUGGUGAUGCUAGGAAAAGAGAGCGUGGGGAAGACGAGUCUGGUGGAGAGAUAUGUUCACCAUCGCUUCUUGGUGGGCCCGUACCAGAAUACCAUCGGUGCUGCUUUUGUUGCCAAGCCAAUCCAGGUGGGAGAGAAAGUGAUUACGCUUGGAAUAUGGGACACAGCUGGAUCAGAGCGUUACGAAGCCAUGAGCAGAAUCUACUACAGAGGAGCUCGAGCCGCCAUCGUCUGCUAUGAUCUGACUGACAGCAGCAGCUUCCAGCGAGCUCGCUUCUGGGUCAAAGAGCUGCAAAACUGCGAGGAGCACUGUAAGAUCUACCUGUGUGGCACCAAGAACGACCUGAUCCAGGAAGACCGGAGUCUUCGCAAAAUCGACUACCACGACGCUCAGGACUUUGCUGAAGAGAUUGGUGCGCAGCACUUUGAGACCUCCAGUAAAACAGGGAAUAACGUAGAUGAGUUAUUCCAGAAAGUUGCCGAGGAUUACAACAGCACUGCUUUCCAGUAUAUGACAGAGGAAACGGGCGUCGACUUAGGCCAGAAGAAGGACUCGUAUUUCUACUCCUGUUGUCACAACAACUAAUGUUGAGGAGCAGGACAGGAAGUGAUUGCAUUCCCUCAGCUGGAGUCAAACCUGGAAAUACUGGAAAGCUGUAACUCAUCUAUGAAUGUGGUACCAAAUCACAAAAAAGAAAUCAAAACUCUUUAUACUUCGUUGGAUAUGUUUCUUUUUUUCUUUUGUGCCAUAACGAACUGAGAGCUGCAAGACUUUGGGGAAGAGGAUCCUCAACUGCUGGGUGGUGAGGGAUUUAAAAACCACCACGCCCACUUUUUUCACCAAGUUAUUCAUAUUUAUCACCAUAUCAACUUAUGACUUUCCUGCAGCCCACAGGGCGAUAAACCUCCCCAAGUUCACAGUGUUAAACAAUCAGAAGCAACGCUGUGGUUGGACAGCAGCCUGCAGUGGCGAGGGUGUGGGUUCCUCAAUGAAGCCAGACUGAAAGAGAGAACUUGAUUGAUGCUGUGUGUUUUAGCGGUUGCUGUGUUUUGGGAGGGGGAGUGGUUUGUUUACAAAUGCUGAUUUUGUUUACCUCCAACUGUAUUUAACAUUGUUGUGAAAACCCAUCUGUCAGUCCUGCUCAUGUUCAGUGGAGGCUACACAGAUGGAGAAGCCAGCUAGGAUGAAGUGUGUCAGAAAGCUACUUGUGUUCCUGCUCAUAAUUCAAGCUCGGGUAGGCAACAUGACCCAUAAUAACCUUUCAGGAGGGCGCUAGACUCAUGCACCUCCUCUAGGCACUGGUUUUAGGCUUUUAAAAAAAAAAUCAAUCUGUUAAGUUAAAAAAAAAAGAAAAAAAGAAGAAGCCUGAGUAAGAAUUCAUAUGUGGUAACUUAUUGGGUUUUGCAGACGAAUUUUUACCCAGAAGAGUAGGGUUUGAAUCCUGUGUGGAGACCAAACUAAGCCCAUGCUUCAGAAUGAAGGUUGUAGAUUCUGGCACGAUCUUGGUUUGUCUUUUCUAGUUUUCUACCCACUGCAUUUUUAAGUGAAAUACUUGAAAAACUGGCAAAACACACGACAUUUUUCUUUAUAGAGGCCUUUACACUAACAGUACAUCAUUUGCCAUGUGUCAGCCACGAAAGCGCCAUACGCUGCCACCACUCAGACUUGUUGUGCAUUUGUCCUAGUUGCCACUCAAGGUAGUGCACCCACACCCACAAAACCCCCCAAAAACUGUGGCCCAGAAAGCAUCAUUCCCAAAGACAAAAUAAUUUAAAUAAUAAUGCCUGCAUUUGGUGUAAAUUAAAAAAAAACCCAAAACAGCAAGAACACUAAAUGCUGCUAAAACAGAUAUGUUCUGCAUCGUAAGCUAUGAUUUCUGUAAAAAUGUCCGAAAAAUAAGCUGGUUUUAAGGAGCUGACUAACAACACGCCCACAUAUCUGUAAUUAAAUUGCAUGGCCUGAGCUGCCUAACAGAACAUUUUUAGGGGAUGUUACUUUUCUACAAAUAAUCUACUGUUUUUCUAAGUUUGAAUGCAUCCCUCAAAGAAAGAAAUAUGUCUGUCAGAUUUCUAGCAGGAAAAUCUUGGAAUGUUCAAAUGAUUUCAGGAAGAAGCUCUUCUGCAGAAGGACGAUCAGUGAAAAGCCUCGUGGGCUAACAUUGUAAUGUCCCACAAACAUUUAAAGCUAUAUUUAAGAUUCAAGUCACUAAUUUAUUGCCUUUUAAGUUGUACUGCGCAAUUGACUUGUAGGUUGCUGCUUUGGUGUGUUGAUGUUCAAUAUUGAUGCAAAGUAUUUUUUAAAAAACGACUCAUGUCCACAUCUGUUCUGAAAAAUAAAAGGCUCGUUCCAAGAAUG